AUGGGGCCACGUGAUAUGAGAGACCCGUUGUUUGGGAUAGGAGGUCUCCUCCAUCAAAGAGACCCGCUAUUUAAACAAGAGGUUGAAACAUAUUUUCCCCAGAUCCCUUACCGAACCUGGUCUGAACCUCCAGCUUCUACUGCUUCCCCACCACUCCUACCACCUGAUGUUCCUCCAACUUCUACUCCUUCUCCAGCUCUUUCUGCUAUGCAAUAUGCAAUUCCGCUUGCAUCUGGUGUUGUAAAGAAUGAUACGAGGAACAGUGGAAUUGAUCAAAGAAAGAGAAAGUACACAGACACUGAUGCCAGGGAUAUUUUUCUUACAGGAAAGAAGGGUGAGCAUCUUUUGCUUUCUGGAUAUGAUAUGGUUGGAUUCAUUCAUAUCUUUCUGGGAAGCAGGAGUAUGAGUUUUUUGGGGUGUUUACGUUGUGGUCACAGUGAGGUCGUGGAGGUAGGGGGUAUGGUGUGGGUUGCGGUAUUGGUGAAGAUAAAGAAGGAAGUAUUGAGGGAAGUUGCCAAGGAGGAAACCGUCGAUGAUCUAUGGUCGAAGUUGGAGGCUCUGUAUAUGCCUAAAAGUGUCACCAAUCGUCUAGUACUCAAGAGUAGACUCUAUGAUCUUCGACUUGAGGAAGAUGAUGAGGAUCUUGCAAUUUACUUGUUAUGUUCAUUACCACCAUCCUAUAAACAUUUUCGUGAAACUAUCUUGUAUGGUAGAGAUGACUUGAGUAUUCAUGAUAUUAGAGAUGCUUUGUGA